AUCAAACUGGCAACAAGUGAAUGUAUGUUGACAUAUUAGGGACAGAUUGGCAGGAAGCAUGCGCAGUUACUGAAAUCUUGGAAUCCCAGUCAUUUUUUGUUUGGACUUGUAUUUGUACAAUCUAGGUCAUUCUGGAUUUGAAUUCAUGGCUUACAAUGGAGAUGGCUGCCUCUGGUGUCAAGAUCCAGAACAAGCUAGACCACUCCUUGGUAGUUUGUGUGACCAAUUACAACCUACGUGGCUACCUCACAUGUUGGAAGAUCUGGGAUCUUGCUUUGACUGUGUAGUGGAAUAUCAAAGAGCCAAAGAAGACUUUCUUGAGGUCCACCCAGAGAUGAAGCAGCCAUUCUAUGAGUUUGAUGUGAAACGGAUCAGUGAGUAUUUAGAGAGUCAAAUGAGUAGUAAUCUCCAACUUUCAGAUGAUGUGAUUGAUGUUGACGGGUAUGUGACUGUAGCUGAUAGACUGAGAACGCCUCUUCUGGAAUGUUUGAAGUAUCCAAACUAUUUAAUGCAUACUCGAAUAAACGAGGUGUUCAUUAGAGCCCUUCAGUUGCACUCAGACAGAGGUGAAGAUUUGCUGGUUGAUGAGAAACUUCCAGGUGCAUAUCUCUUGAUCAUUCAUCCUCAUCAUCUUAUUCGUCGUUGGGCUAUUAAAACAGUUUGCGCACUAGGCGCAAUUGCUGUCAAUGACUUUGAUGACCUUCAACUGGUAUCAAAAUGGAUUAUUUCUGUUCCAAAGUUUGGGCUUAUCUGUCAUUCAGCUGUCUUAGAGCUGACUGAUACUUUCCUACCAUGGGAUCCUGAGGCAACAUUGGUGCUGCCUAAUCACCUGUUUGAUAGUCAACAGCCUCAUGACUUUUGGGUUGGAUUCUGCAUGUUUCUUACUGCUCUUGAUGCUCAGACUCUGAAGACCCUCUUGAUCACUGAUCAGCAGGAAAUCGUUGAUAUUAUUGUAAAUGUUUUUGAUGACAAACAUGACUUGAUGGUUACUGAAUCCUCAGCGUUUUGGCCUGCUCUCCAGUGUUUUGUUGUUAUCUUACAGAGAACAGAGUCUCGCCUGUGGUCGGUUUCAUCCCAAAAUCCUAACAGUGUUCUUAACCUUGUAAUCUAUAAUCGGCAUUACCAAGCAGAGUUGCUGGCAUUGGCAUCAUACACUGAUAACAUGGAAGAUGAAGAUGAAAUAGCAGUAGUUGCAGGUGAUAUGUCAAACAGCCAAAUUGCUUUUGAAUGGGAUGGAAAAUCAGCUAAAUGCCAAAAGCGGGACAUAUCUCAGAGAUCAUUUCAUGCCACAUUGUUUGGUUGGUUUACUGCAUUUGUGCUGUCGCUAGUAGAUUUUGGUGAUCUAGCAGCUGAUCAGUUCAAGUACGUUGUCCGCUUUCUUCUUCGAAUGCCAGAUAGGUUAAUAGUGAAUAACAAUGAAAAUAGAGGAGGUGCUCUACAGGAAGUUCUAUAG